CACAAGUGACAACAGUUAAAACCAAUUACUGUGGGCCCUUGGGCUGUGUGGGCCCUAACUAACUAACUAACUAACUAGAUUGUUCUCUAGCUUACUUGUUUUGUAUUACAGAGAGGAUAAUCAAUCAUUGACGGAUGAUUAUGAAAGAAUCACCGAACAAUAUAGAGAACUACAAAAGAAAUUUAGGUGAGAGAUUUUUUCAAUGAAUGCAAACCCUACCCCUAUACCACAUGCAGAUGUAACUAAGAAAAUCUUACAACAGUAAUAAACGUCCAUGUGUCAAGGCUGGUUUAAACUAUCAAAGUUUCUGCUAUCAUGGUAGGAAUUUUGCAUUUGGGGAAUUCAAGUUUUGAAAGAUUUGUAAGUCAGUGUUUAACAAUGAGUGAUCACCGUCUAGACAUUUUCAAGCGACAGACUCGAAGAAGUUUCUGGAGAUGUGGUUAAUGAACGAGGCUGAAGCGAAAGAAUUGAUCAAAGAUGUUCUCGAAGAAGAUCGGAUUAUUCAUGAACAACAGUUGGGACUACCUUGGACAACACCUCAACUGUAAGUCAUUACAUUGAAUUAAGCUCUGGUCCAAUCAUAAUGAUAGGAGGGUUUUCUCAACUCUCGUGCCCUGGUCAACGAGAACAAAAGUUACAUGGGAGUUUUCUCAACUCUCGUGCCCUGGUCAACGGGAACAAAAGUUACAUGAGAGUUGAUGAGAGUUGCAUGAGAGUUUUCUCAACUCUCGUGCCCUGGUCAACGGGAACAAAAGUUACAUGAGAGUUGAUGAGAGUUGCAUGAGAGUUUUCUCAACUCUCGUGCCCUGGUCAACGGGAACAAAAGUUACAUGAGAGUUGAUGAGAGUUGUUGCAUGAGAGUUUUCUCAACUCUCGUGCCCUGGUCAACGGGAACAAAAGUUACAUGAGAGUUGAUGAGAGUUGUUGCGUUGCAUGAGAGUUUUCUCAACUCUCGUGCCCCGGUCAACGGGAACUAAAGUUACAUGAGAGUUUACGGCCAAACGCGGGCGAAAGUCGCAACUCUCCGCAUACUUUACAUGUGAAAUGAGGUUAUCACGUGACACUGUGAUUUGUUUCCACAUGUGAGAGUUUCACGGUAGCUCGCAGCUGCAAGUAGCUAAGUUUCACUUGUAAAUGUGAAACGUACUCGUAGAUAGGGUUUCAUAUUCUUAACUGUGUAUAUAUUUAUAUAUAAGGUGUUCCUGAUAGAGACCUUAAUAUUAGUAGACCUUAAUAUGACUGUAUGUAUGUAUGUAUGUAUGUAUGUAUGUACAUGCAUGUGAAAACUUCAUUCUUUAAAAAUUCCUUUUGUUUGAAGACCUCAAAGAUGUAAAUUACUAUUAGACUAAUGAUACGUCAUGUGUUGUCUCAGCGAUUUUCUAGAAUCUAAAGGUCCUAUCAUGGUUGAAAAUAAAGAGGAAAAAAAACUUUCAGCAACGCAGGUUGCACAGAAGGCCCUAACAGCAGGUAAAAUACACUAAAUUAGAUUGUUAUAUGGCUUUUCAAAAAGGACCGGUGUCCCGGAUGUCGUUUAUCUGGCGGGAAAUUUUUGCUUUGCAAACAGAAAGAAUUUUUGCUUUUAAAUUUUCCAAUUGUGUGUCAUUAAAAUUUACAGAUAAAAAUUUCAAACAACCAAAUUGUUUUUGAUUGAGCAUGCAUGCCUAUACCGUAUAUUGUUACCCAGUGAAACUGACGAUAGCCGAUUUAAUUCGCGCGAAAAGCAUAUGCUCACAGACUCAGUUAAGCCAUAUAAUAAACCGAUUAUUGACCUCGCUUGUUCGGUCUGUACUGUGAAACAUCAGACCUCUGUUUUUUGCAUGGACCUCGCUCCUUCGUCGCUCGGUCCAUACUAAAAACCUCGGUCUGAUAUUUCACAGUACAGACCUCACGCUCGGUCAAUAAGCCGUUAUUAUUCUUUAGUUUUAGGCUGUAGUGACAGGCGGGCAGUGCUGUCCGGCAGGCUUGUAGCCAGGGUCCUAAAAGAGGGCGUCCAAUUUUGGUACAACGAUACAUCUACAGUAAAGAGGGGAGGGUUCGAGAAAUCGUUCCUCUGAAAAACCUUUGAAAUUUACGUUACUUCAUGUCCGUAUCUGUUCCAAGCUCGUUCGAAAUUUUUCAAACACACUUGGCUUUGUGAGUUUGUGCCGCUAUGCUUCUUUACUUAACUACGACAUUUUCAUUCAGCCAGGUACACCAUCAAAUUGAUCAAAAUGUCAAGUGUAUAAUAAUAAUGAGAAUUGAAGCUAUUUCGUUUCAGAUAUAUUAAUAUACUUAGGGAAAUAAUAGAAAAUAAUUUUCCUUCCCCCCCAGAAUUUGGGCGUCCAAAGGCGUCCAUUUUUUGUUCUAUGGGCGUCUCAGGACGCCUGGACGCCCUGCCGGCUAAAAGCCUGCUGUCCGGGUUUCGUGGUAGAAAUAAAGUAAACCAGUCUUUGCGUUGUAGAUGUGUCGAAGGAAGAUCAAGAUAAAAGUACGUCAACUGUUCAUAGUAAACAAUCUGUUGGCAAGUCUAAGUUAUCUCUCUCAACGAUCAAGACGAUAUUGGAAUUACUCUCAGAUGAAGCUGUAAGUUAUUUAUUUAACAACUUUAUUGGUGCCAUAAAUUACUUUAAAAUAAUUAGUUCAAUAUCAACUGGCCCAAAAGGGAAGGUGCGAACGAGGCUUUGUAGAAGUCCCAUGCAAGGCACCUUCCUUCUCUAAAAUGAUGAUAUGGAGAUCAAGCUAGCUAGUCAAACUCUCUUGGAGUGAUUAGUUAAGUUGACGCAUGAAACAUCAUUCAUUCCUAUUUGGACGCUUUACUUCUACAUAAUUGGUUUACUCUAUGACCUAUGGCAAGAGCAGUCCCUUACCAGACUCCAUGUGCACGUCGUGUCCACGUCAAAGGUUCUGUUCAGCUCUAAACUAAAUAUGUUUUUAAACAUCGAUAAGCUGGAAAAGUUUGAGAAGUGGAAGUGAUCAUAAUACUGUUCCAGAGCUUGACUAUGCGGUUGAAGUACGAUCCUUGGAAGGUGCUUGUUCUGCAGGACGGAGUUUUUAGAGUUCUCGCUUCGCUUAACCUAGUACGUCCGUGGGUUUCAAAGGAAACAAAGUUAUUGAUAUCCAAAUUUAUAUACCCAUGCAUUGCCUUGUAAGAGAAAACCAAAUCCUUUACUUCGCGAUCGUAACAUAAUGGCAGUAACUUCAAGGUCACCAGUCUUUUCUUGUACGACUGUUCACCUUUUCGUUGCUUCAGGAUCCACCUCGUUGCCCUUCUUUGAACAUUUUCAAUUUUGAUCUUCAGUGAAGUGAGUGCUGGAGACCAAACUUGCAUGGGUAGCGUAAUCGAGGUGGCACUUCACCAGGGAGAGGUACAAGGAACGCCGCACUUUCGUGUUAGUCAGCAAGGGGCAUGUCCUACGUAAGAGUCCAAGCAUUUUGUUGGCUUUGCACACCACAACGAGGACUUGUUGAUCCCAAGUGAGGUGGUUGGUAAUGAUACAUCCGAGGUCUUUUUCCUAACGUGGACCAGCGUUGUAUCUCCAAGAUGGUAAACAAAACAUAGUGGAUUGCUUUUUCGGGUUACUGUCAACAGUGAAUGCAUGCAUGACAACAUUUUUCCAUUCGGUUACUCUUUCAUUAUUUUAGGUCUGGGUUGCAUUUAGUGGUGUCGAAACCUAAGACACAAAAUAAAUAAUAAGACCAGAAGUCUCACUCGAUGUCGGAAUCUUUGAUGUUGAUGUCCCCGCGCAUGUCGCCUCGCGCAUCUUGGCCGUGUCUCGUUUCCAGUGCCCUAAACAAGUGUAAUUUGACAAAUUUACAUGUAAACAUUAAGGAGUGAGGAAGUUAAAACGAUACCAAUCGAGUUUUAGAGCUUUGGUGACCCUUUUAAAAGAAUAUAUCAUAAAUUCAAAGGUAAGUCUAUCGUACUGCAUUGUCUUAAAUGAAUUCUCAGCUAAAAUACGGCAAUAAAUGGAUCAUAAACUUAGCUAAAUUUACUGUUGACAACGAGGUUGACAGAUCCAUUGCUUUUUUGCCUUGAAUAGCUUUACCAUAGUCAUUUUACCUUAAAAUGUAGCUACCGAGGAUAUCUCUAAGAGAUUUUACACAGAUUAUUUGCAAAAUCUCACGAUUUAAUCAUGUUGAUAACAUGAAAAUCCUUGUGCCAUUCUAUACUUGGCAUAAUCUCUACAUCAAUAGUUCACCAGUUCACUAAUAUAAAUUCAAUAUAUUUUUGAACCAGCCAUAUAUUAUUAUACACAAUGUAGUAUAGUUAAUUUGACCAUAUUUGAGAAGUAAGGGUGUAUUUCAUUACACAGACACUGCUGAAUUUUAGGUUACAUGCCAUUGGAUUGAUAUAUAAAAAACACUUGUAAAACACACACAUUAUCUUGUUGAUAGAAUAGUUAUUUGCAGUAUACUAACUGUUGGCAUACUCUAUUUCAGGACUAUCAAUUGUUUUUGUCACUGGCAGUCUUUGAAAUACAAUCUUGCUCUGUGGCCUUUACUGACAAGUUGGCUUUUACUACAUAUGUGGCACUGACACUUCUUUAAUUAAUGCACCAAUGUAAACCCCCCAACCAGGGAGGGACAGGGAUUUUGACUUGGAGGGGUAGUAAAAGAGCGAAAUUGUCCCCGCCCCCAGGGACAUCAAUGUCCCCUGCAGUCUCUCAACCCCAGGAAAAUAGUUUUGUAUAAUCAUAGAUCAGCAAUAGAAAAUCAAAUUCAUUUAUGUUGUUGUAUUUAAACUUUUCUUGUCAAGAAAACUAAAACAGCAACACAGGAUAUAUAUGUUAACCACUGUCCAAGUCUCCCAUCAUCGGGGACAAAUUUAUAAUCAAAACUGACCACUUUCCCCGCUAAACCUUCCGCCCCUCCCCGGUUGGGGGCAGGGAUUUACAUUGACUGGUGCAUAACUAGAUGAUUGCAUGAAGCAUUGCAUGGAAGUUGAUUUAUAAUUAGUUUAUGAAUAAACUCACACUUUCAUUAUAAUGGUUGAUCGAAUAUAUCAAAUGCAUUUGAUUGGUUGAUGGUCCCUUAAUGGUAAUGGUAGUCAAAUCUGAACCUAUAUAAUGUCAAUAUACUGGAAAAGUAUCAAAUUAAAUUUUAAUUGUCAAUGUUGUGGGAAGUAAAUAAAUCAAACAAUUCUGUUUGUUUCAACUAACUAGUUCACUAUCACUUUGGUUUUCAAAUCAAAGAAUCUUUAGCCUGGUUGAGCUUUUGAAAAAGUAGCUGCUUGAUUGAACGCAAGAUUAUUUUACUCUGUCUAACGCCAGACAAUUUCACUCGUCAAGGGGAAAGUGCUGCCACUCAGUGAACUCAAUCAGAGCUCAAUGAGCAGCAGCACUCUCCCUCGAUAAGUAAAAUCAUCUGGCAUUAGAUGAAGUGAAAUAAACUAGUAAAGUAGGGUGCAUUGGGGCACAAUGCAGCUUACUGGGUUAACUGGAAAAUAUAUUUAUUAAACAAUACACACCCUAUACUUGUAUUUCAAUUCACAGCAUGAUUUGGUAUGCUUAUGUCUAUUUGACCCAAGUACCUGACAGGAAUGAUAUUUGAAUCACACCUGUAUUCAUUGAACAAAGCUAAUCUAAAUGUACAUUAAUUGUACAUGAACCAUGUAAAUGUAAAAACUAGCUAGAGCAAAAACACACCCACACAGCUUUGUUUUUUUAUUUUUCUUGAGAAGGAAUAACUGAGACUACUGAGUUACAGUGAGAGUCACUACAGAAACUGUAUUCUGUGAUAUAGAUGAUAUUGCUUUAAAGAAACUUGCAGCUUUUAGCAGUUGUGUAAGGGCCUGUUUAUAUCGAAACUGGCUGGCCCGCUAAGUGAGACAGCCCGGUAAGUGAGAUCUCGCUGUCUAGUUAUUUUUAUAGUACAAAUUAUCAUUUCUAUGGACAAGCGGGCAGGCCCGGUUGCCAAGACCAGGAUGGAAAUUUCUCCACAUAAACAAUCAUAAGCAGGCUAGCCCGGUUGCCGGGAUGAAAGUUCAAAGAUACUGCCGCAAGCUAUUUUUAACAACUGUCAAAAUAAUGUCAAAACAACAAAAUUGUCCUGGUAAGCGGAAUGAAAUUUUCUCAAAUAAACACAAGAGAAAUCAUCCUGCUUACCUACCUUACCAGGGCUGUCUUGCUAAGCGGGCCAGCCCGGCUUCCAUACAAACAGGCCCUAACAGUCUCUGUCAGGCAAUUACAAUGUUCUAAUGUCCAAACUCUAAAGUAUUAUAAACAAGCAGAACAGACCACUUAUUGCAAGUUGCUAGCAUUAAGUCAUAUCAACAUGUGAUCUCGACAAUAUACAGUGUAUAAACUAAAGUAAUUCAGCUUCUACACAUGAAGCGACUUUAAACACUAUCCUUACACUUUAUCAAUUCAUUGAAGUUUGUACUUAAAAGACAUUCUAUUUGUAGUAUUAAAUCAUAAGACAUAUUCUAUUUGUAGUAUCAAGUCACAUCAGGAUUUUAUAAUCUAGCGUCUUUGGACCCAAGUGAUCUAGAGUUCUAUCUUGUUAAAACCUAUCCAAGGAAAAACAAGAAAGGGAUAUUGAAGUAAUGGUGUUUUUGAGCCAAAUAAAUUCGAAUAUCCACAAGUAUAAAAGCAGAACUCCGUAUAUACCGGAGACAAAAUGGCAUCAUAGCGAACACAUUUUAAUGAUGCUCGAAUUUAUAUUCAGUGCGCUAUAUUUUUAAAAAUAUGACCCUGUUUGCUUUCUAAAUACAACAAAAUUACUGCUUUACCUUCUGUUCAAAUAGUUCCACAGAUAAAUCGAAGUCACAAUUCGUACUACUUGAAAAAAAAGCUGUUUUUACUGUAGAAAUGACAACUUCCCAAUAUAAUUUUCUAUUGUCAACACUGCAUUACACUUGUUUAGCUCGCGCAUGCGCAGUAUAAAAGAUGGGACAUGUUUCCGCUUGAGUAAGACUUCUGGUCCUAUUAUCUAUUCUGUGCCUAAGACCUUUUGGUGAAUUUUUGCAUGUUUUGUCAAUUUUGAUUAAUCAUAGAUCAAUUUCACAUCAUUUGGUCAAUCAUAAUCAUAUACAUAGAUCAAUUUCAUUCACAUCAUUUGGUCAAUUAUAGAUGAAUUUCACAUCAUCAAACGACAGUUGUUAAAAUUACCAUGAUUGUAAGUGUUAUAUUUACUAAUAACUAUAUACUAAUCUUUUGUUUAGGGAUUUUUAGUUGAAGCGAAGUUAACCAGACUACUUGCUCCGCUUGAGAAGGACGAGCAAUCCCUAAUGAGGCUUGAUGCCAUUUUUGCAGUAAGAAUUUUGUUUUAUUUACACACUCGUUUCAAUAGUCUAUAGUGACAAAAACCGUUGAUGUUGUGUUUCAGGCGUUGGGCGUGGAGAAUGAAGAUGAUAUAUACAACUUAGCAAGAUAUUUCUUUGUUGGUGAAAAUGACACGAAAAAUAUCGUUGACGUAGAUGAAGGGUAAGAUUAAUUGAAAUUUGAGACGUUCUGACCAGUUUGUGUUCGGCUAUCACAUCCAGAGUGGGUAACUAACUGAUUGAUCAUUUGUUAUGUUAAACAAAGCCAAGAUGAUGAGAGAAUUGAAACACAAGAUUCGAAGGCUAAAUCAACAAGUUCUACAAAAGGUCAGUGUUUUCUCAAAAAUGAAACAAUUAUCGCGAAGCAAAUCAACAAGAAAAUAAAAAUUUGAUUUUUUUAGUUGUUCCCGAGCUUAUUCACCCGAACGAAGUCGUCACGAAGUUAAGAAAUUUUGUUGAAGAAAAUCGUCAAGUUUUGAAGUGAGUACUGAUCAACAAAACCAAGUCCUUACCAGUUAGCUCCAUGUAUAUUUAUUUAUUAUGCUUUGCCAAUUUAACACGAUCUGCACAAAUACAAACACAAGAAUAUACUAAUACAGGACUUCAAUGAUUUGUUUCUUGCACUUCACUUGGUGGUAUUAAUAUUAGAAUGUUAGGGUUUGUAAUCCAAGUGAGUAUAUAUACAUUUUAAGACCUGAUGGGGCCGUAGGUUCAAUUCCUACUAGAGGACCUUGUGCUGCAUUUUUCGCAGUCGUUCCUAGUCAGGUCUUAAAAUGUAUAUAUACUCACUUGGAUUACAAACACUAACAUUCUAAUACACUAAUACAACCUAUCAAUCAUGGCAGGGUAUAUAGCUUACGCCAUAUCGUAUAUGCUAUAGCCAUUGAACUAUAAAUAAACUGGAACGAUAAGUUCGCCGCCAUCUUUGAAGCCGGCUAUGAGUGUUUUCUGCAGGUAGCCCCAGUCCUUUUUAAAUUUUUUUUUCAAAAUAUGCACAUUUUUUGAUCAGAAAAAUCUUACCCCAAAAUAUUAGUUUUACCACCAAAUUUAAUUUAUAUCAGUAGUAUGAUAAACGAUUUUAAUAUUCGCAAAUCAAACAAAUCACGAAUUAGCAAAAAAAAUACGAAAAAACACGACCAUAAGCAUUAACGGUCAGAAAAGCCGCGCGUUUUAGGCUUUUUUUCUGAGUUUUUGAAAGUUUAAGAUAAAACUAAGACGUCAUACCUCAGGAAUUAUUUAAACCCAUGCAAAAUACAUCUGUGUGCGAAGUUUCAAGAAGAUUGAACGUUUUGAGGUCGAAAAAAAAGCAUUUAAAAAUUGACAAAAAUAUUGCCAUAUUCAAAUUGCUCAUAGUGGCCAACAAGAAGAGCGAUGACGAAAAUAACAUCACUUGAAAAACGCCAAUUUAUUUAUGUAUUAGAAGGAAUAAAACCAAGACUAAAAGCUCAGGAUCAAUAACAAGACCUGGGAUUUAGUACAGCAUAAGUUUUGGGACUGUCAAAAUGUUUUAUAGUAUAUUUUUUUGUGUUGAAGAGCGAAGUUUCCUUCGGCACGUCCAAACUUUCGUCAUUUUUUCAAAAUACAAAAGCAAAACUCCUUACUUUUUGCUGCAGAGAGAUGUAAAACAGUUGGAACUAAUCGGAAAACCUGGUUUGAAUUCCAAUCAUAGCAGUAUUCCCAUGGAAAAAGUGUUUUUCUUGCACAUUUUUGCUCGAAAACAAACUUUUGACCGAAUUUUUCUCACUCCUCGAAACUCUCCUUAGUCCUUUUGAAAGCUGAUUUUCCCGCGCGGGCUGCUUCAACGAAUCAUAGGCCUUCAUCAUAGGAGUUAGCCUUCCAGUUUAUUUAUAGUUCAAUGGCUAUAGCUUACGCCAUAGAUCUUUAGCAACAUAAAAAAGCCUCUUUCAAGCUGUGAUGAAAUUUUUGUCUACUAGUAGACUUAUCUAGAUCAAAAUUUUGUUCAUUAGGGAAUAGGCCCAUUGAGUAUUCAUGUGAGCACUCCAAGAGCGUGCCUCGUAUUAUCAUACUAUAAGAAUAGCCUACUACAGUGCUUGCUCCAGAUAUAUAUAUAUAUAUAUAUAUAUAUAGUUCAAUGGGACUUACCAUAAUUCUAACCUCGAAUAUGUUACGUUCUGUUUAUUAGAGAAUCAAAGAAAAGUACAUUCAAGAAUGCUUGUGGUGAUGCAAGUCGUAAUGCGAGGUAAGCUUGAAUUGGGAGCUUACAAGCGACGUUUUUAACUCGGACUUCAAAUUAUCAAAUCAGCCUCAACGGCCUUUACUUUGAUUCCCUUAUACAAGAGCGCUAUAAGGCGUUCUGCAGACCAUAGAUAUCUUCUAUACACUAGAUAGCGCAUCUAAUUAUUCUGCAAUUCAAAAACUGAAGCCGUGAUUGCAGACUCUGGAUAUUUCCCUGAAAUGAGAAGAUUCGUAUGAUUUCUAUAUUUUAAACGGGGACCUUGAACAUUAAGUUAAACCUAUUCCAAAUACGUUUAUAAACUAUUCAAAUGAUGAAAGUUAUUGUUGUUUUUUAAACGAAUGGGAAACUCCAACAUGGCCGCCAUCUAUUCAAAUGGGGGUAACCGCUGGAAUAUUCUUGGCUUCAAUUUUACUAAAAGAGAUGCGCUAUCUAGUGUUCUGACGCAAGCCUAUAUACAAGGCCUGCACAUAAAGAAUUGUCUUUAAAUAAUAAUUGUUUCUGGUUAUUUUUGUUAGUUGGGAUGCAGAGUAUUGGGAAAAAAUGACGAGCGUGAUUGAUAGUUCUAAGGAACAUGUCUGGGAUGCAUUGAGUGACGGUUUUGAGAAAUAUCUUUCUGUGUUGACUGAACGCGCUGCUUUGAUUCAAGAAACUGAUGCUCUAGAACAACAG